AUGGAUAAUGUGAAUGAAGAUGAUGAUACUAGUUUAUUAGUGAUCAUUGUAGAUUUAAAUGCAUAUAGUUGGGGGAAACAAGUAGAGUUGGCAGAACAGAAUAUAGAUAGUACAAGUGGUAGUCGGUUCAUUACUCUAUCUACCUUUUUUGAACAUUUGGUUAUCUUUAUCAAUGCCUAUUUGUUGUUGAAUCAAGAGAAUCAAAUAGCUGUUAUAUCAUCAAAUGUUGGUGAAAGUUCAUUUAUAUAUCCGUCAAAUCAUGUAGAUACUAAAGAUAAGAGUAUAUCAUUCAAGAUAUCACAAUCAUUAAAUAAUAUAUCAAAACAUUUAAUUGAAGAGAUUCAUUUAACAUCUGAAGAGAAUUCAUCAUCUUCAUCAUUUUCGGCAGCCAUGUCACUUGCCCUAUGUUAUAUAAAUAGAAUUAAAAAAGACAACUCAACGAUUAGAUCAAGAAUAUUGGUAUUCAAUAUAUCACCAGAUGUUUCAACACAAUACAUUCCAGUGAUGAAUUGUAUAUUCUCGGCACAAAAACAGAGUAUUCCAGUAGACUCUUGUAUACUCACAUCGACCGAUUCCACUUUUCUACAACAGGCAUCUCAUCUUACAAAUGGAAUUUAUCUUAGACCUCAUCGUCAAGAUCAUCUUGGUCAAUAUUUAUUGUCAUCUUUUUUAAUUGAUAGUUAUUCUCGAAAAUUCUUAAACGUACCAACUUUAAAGACUGUAGAUUACAGAGCAUCUUGUUUUUGUCAUAAAAAAAUUGUUGAUAUUGGAUUUGUUUGUUCUGUUUGCUUAUCAAUUUAUUGUAAAUACUCUUCAUCAUGUACAACUUGUGGAACUAAAUUCACAAUCAAAUUUAAUAUUAAUCAACUCAAGACCUCCUCCUCUUCUUCUUCUUCUCAAAGUGAAAACAAAUAA